AUGCUGGAUGAAGUCCGCACGAAGCUCCUCGAGCUCCGAACGCAGAAGCGGGAGGAGAGUCAGAAGUACAAGGAGCUGCUGGAGAGGCGACAGAGAGCGACGGCGCCGGGUCGUGAAAUGAUUGAAGAGAGAGAACGGCUAUCGGCAGAGAUGAGCAAACAUUUUGCAAAUCGCCGCGAGAUUCAAGCUGAAUUGACGCGCGAGAUGCAGAAGCAUCAGGCUUAUAUGCAGCAAGUGAAGCGCGAGCGGGGUCUCAAGAUGAGAGAGGAGCGCGAGAGACGCAACCUGGAGAACGAACGUUUUCAGCUCCAGCGUGAUUUGGAACGGGUGGAGUCUGAGCUGCCGUACGAGGCAGAAUGCUUGCUGCUGAAUCAGACAAUUCAGUACUUGCAGAAGAUCAUUGAGGAGCCGGCAUCCAAUGGCGUUGAGAAGGAGCAGACAGAGCCGGCGGUGGACGAGAGUCUUGCGGGUGCUCUUCUACCCAAGAGCCAGCGCAAGGAGGUCUUCUUCUACGCCCCUAAGCAAAAGGGGAAACAUGGAAAGGACCAUGAGAAGAAGAAGGAAAAACCCAAGACACUGAAGUAUGAUGUGGGCACCCUGGCCUACUUCGAGCAAUGCGGACUGACGGCGCCAGUCUUGAUCGAAGAUGUACCCGUGUGCUUGGAGAAACUUAGAGCGAAGCUGCAGAACUACAAAGAGUUGCAGCAAGAGAGCGCUCAGAAGGUUGAUGAACGCAAGGCGGAAAUCAUGACAAAGAUUCAGGCAGUGGAUGAGAAGAUAGCGAACCUCGUGAAGAAGGAAAAGUUGCAGGAUGAUCGAGACGGUGAAACUGCUGAAGAUGGAUCUCCCACAGCGGAGGAAGCCGAUGAUGAAUGA